CGUACUCCACAAAAUGUGGCGAGUGUCUCUGAACCUGUAACUGUAGCGCAGCUUGAGGGCUUAAUUAGCGAAAAGAUUAAGGCCAUUAUAGCUGCUGAACAGGCAGAGAAGUUGGUAGGGAAAGGUCGCCCGUACCCAGCAGAGUACGAUCAGGUAUCAUAUCCAAAGGGAUAUUCUGUGCCAAAGUUCAAUAUCUUCGAUAGCAAUAAAAAUCCAAGACAACACCUGGCGCAGUUCAAAGCAACCUGUGAAAACACAGGGGACAAUGAUGCUCUGCUAUUCAGGCAAUUCGUAAGCAGCUUGAGUGGAACUGCUUUCGAAUGGUAUGCCGAACUGCCAAAUGAUUCUCUAAAGACCUUCGCAGAAUUAGAGGCAUUAUUCGUGAAAAGGUUUGUUAGUGCAACAGAGAAGACUACCAUUGCUGAUCUUGCCCUUGAUAAAAGGAGGAAGGAUGAGUCAGUAACAAAAUACAUAACACGCUGGCGCAAUCUCAGCAUGAAGUGCGAGCAACAGCUGGAAGAAGAACAUACAGUCCAACUACUGAUGGGAAACAUUGAUGACAAAAUGCAACCCUUCUUAUGCAUGGCUUCAAUCACUACCUUCCAAGAUCUAUUGGACAGGGUGGCAAAAUUUGAAAAAUUGAACUUGUCAAAGUCAAAAAGCCUCCCUGAUAAACCCAAAAAGGCUAAGGCGCCUGAUGCUAGGAGAAAUGAUGUUUACUCCGCAUUUCCUCCUAGGCCUGAUAAAGAUAAAAAGGCAGUAUAUAAUGUGGAUAAAGGAAAGCAGCCUAUGCAGUAUGAAGAAAAAUCAAAACAGGCUUACAAUCCAAAUCCUCAACCAAAAUUAGUUCUUGGAGGAAAUGAUAAACCUCGAGCCUUUCCCGAUGGAGGAGAGCGCCAGAGGCAAAUCACAGGAACUGGUGAUAGAACGUUUCCCUCUCUCAAGGAAAAAAUGAAUAAAGAAUAUUCAUUUAAGCGGGAGAUUGUCGCUAAAUUGUUCCGACAAGCACUCAAGAAUGGUCUGGAGUUGCCAGAAUGCAGAAGACCUGAAGAGUCCAAACACAGUGGCGACCCAAAUUACUACCCAUAUCAUCGGGUAGUUAGCCAUCCAAUUGAAAAUUAUUAUGUCUUCAAAGAUUGGUUGAAAAAGAUGUACAAGAGGGGAGAAUUAACAUUAUCAGAUAAUGUGUUAAUUCGUCCAAGAAAGGAAUCCACCCGG